AUGGCCGGGUUUUGGGACAUGGUCGGGAAGGCGGCCAAUCUGCUUCAGCUAUUUGGAGUGGACGCCAUCACGCUCAUCACCAUCAUCGCGAGCUGCUUCUGGCAGUUUCAUGAGGUUAAGAAGGAAUGCCGGAAGCUGGAGGACAGUGUGCGGAUGCUCUGGCUGCUCCUGCUCUCGCCAGCCGGCUGCUGGAUCAUGCAGCAGCAGAACUUGGAGCUGCUGGGGCAUCUCGUGACCAAUGCACUCAUGGACGCAGACGACCUCGUCCGGUCCUGCAGCGAGAGCACGCCGUCUUUACGUGUCCUGAGGGGCAGGGGCAUGUCCAGGCAGUUCCGCGAUCUGCGCAACAGCAUCGACUCCUACUGUCGCCUCAUCCUCUCCAUCAACGCCGCCUUCCUCCUCGGCGUGUCACCAACCCCCGGGGAUUCCACGUCGUCAUCUACGGCUGCUCCUGAUCACACUCACAUCAUCGACAUCAGCCAGGAAUGA